AUGGCAGCAGGUGUUGAAGCCAUAUCCAUCAUGAAGAAAGAUCUUCGGAAGAAGAUAGCUGGGGUUCUCUCGACAAUCUCAGAGGAGGAUAUCGAGAGACAGACCUCAAUUGUAGCAGCAAAAAUAUCGUCCAUGCCUGCUUUCCAGAACAGCAAACGAAUUUCCAUUUAUGUCAACACUUCAGGAGAAAUCAAGACCGAUUCUAUUAUCAAUCUUUGUUUUGAACAACAAAAGGAGGUUUUUAUACCACAAUUCAUAAAAGGAGACAAACGGAUGAAGAUGUUGAAGGUAACUAAAGAUGGUUUCUCACAGCUCUCUACGACCUUAUGGAAUAUUAGACAACCAGAAAAGGAUUGUGGGUGGCCAGAAUAUCAUGAAUCUGGUCCGUUAGAUCUUGUUCUGUUGCCAGGUGUCGCAUUCACUAAAGAUGGUCAUAGAUUGGGGCAUGGGAUGGGCUUUUAUGACAGAUUCUUGUGGGAACACAAGGAGAAAUUUGGGAAAUUGCCAAAAUUAAUGGGUUUGGCUUUAAAAGAUCAGAUGGUUGAUCAGGUCCCCGUCACAGAGACAGACGUUACCAUUGAUAGCGUUGUUUCAUCACUUGACGAUUAG